AUGAGCUCAUCAUAUGUCCCAUGGGCUCCACGAUCCACUUCUUUCUGCUGUCUCACCAAUCAUCUUGGUUUCUCCAUUUUGCACCCCCAAUUCCCCAUCGCCUUGCCGCCUCCAGCUUCCAAGCUUCAUCAAUCGGGUUCCAACGCCUUCUGCAAUCUUCCUCGAUGUGUUUUUAUUUCUACUCCUUCUGUAAAGAAAUAUAAAACGUUUAGAUCACCAAACUAG